AUGUUCUCAUUGAUCAAAAAUAUAAAAAGAAUGAUACGAUCUUAUGAUAACUUUGGAGUCUCCUUAAACUUCAAUAUUGGAAAUAGAAAACAAUACUAGAGUGUUUGUGGAGGAUUAAUGUCAAUUGUUAUGACAAUAGUGCUCAUGUAUAUUUUUAUCACAGGAUUAAUCAGGCUAUUAGUAAGAGAUAAAUUCUAAGUAUUGAAAUUGUAUAUUUAGAUUGAUGUACAAUAACUUCAAAAUAUGAAUCCUGAUUAUUAAGAAAUGAAUAUCACUAAUUUUAUGUUUGCCAUAAAGUUGGAUAAUCCCUUCUCUAUUUAUUAUCCAAAUGAUAUAAAAAUAGCUUAUGAUAUUGGAAUGUUUUAAACAUAAAUCACUAAAUUAGCAAAUGGAACUCGUAUAAAAACUGUGUUGAAUAAAAUAUCAUUGGAAUAGUGUCAAGCUGAACAUUUUUAAUAUGUUAAUUAUGAAGGCUUUCAAGAUAUAUAUGCUGAUUUAAAAGCCUAUUUAUGUCUUCCUAAAAAUUUCAGUUUAAAAUUACAAGGCACAUAUAAUUCUGAAUUCUUUUAGUAUCCCUCUUUAAAGAUUUCAAUUUGCUAUAGAGAAGAAUGCUACACUAAGGAAUAGAUAGAUUAUCUUGCUUAAAAUAAAUCUAUUUUGUUAUCAUUAUCAACUUUAAUUCAAUCUUCUAUUUAUAUGAGAGAUAGCACAGACAACUAUCUUCUACGCUAUUUAAAUUCUGAUUUUUACUUAUAGACAACACUUAAAGAAGAAAGCAAAGCAGAUAUAUUUUUUAAAAACAAUAAAAUUAUAGCUGACAAUAGUAUUUUGAGUUUAUAUAAAGAAGAAGAGAAAAAAGAUUUUUGGUCAUUUUCUUUAUAUAAUUAUAGAGAAUUUAGAGUAUUAAGUAUUUGUAAUUUAGGGAUAUCAUGAUUAACCAAGUACAAUUUUUUCCUUGAACUUUAGAAUAAGUUAAGAUUAUGAAUAAACCAAAAAAACGGCAGACACACUUGAUUCAUUUUUAUCAUAUUUUGGAGGGAUGUUAAAAAUAAUAUCUACUAUUUUUGGAUUGGUUGCUUUAUAAUAUAAUGAGAUGGGAUUAAAAAUAUCAUUAGCAAAUCAUUUAUAUUAAUUUAAUAUUCCAAAGAAAAAAAAUGGAAAAUUUGAGUUCUCUUAUGAUAAACUUUUAAGUUAUAUUUAAGCAUCCAUAAAUAGAGUAUCUGAAUUAUAAAAGAAAUUAAAACAUCAUACUAAAUCUAUCAUAAAAACAAGUAUGGUGAUGAAAGCUUGGAAUAGUUAAAAGUUUUCAAAUGCUUCUAUUUCAAAUUAAUAAACUUAACAACGAGAAUAAACAGAAGCUCCUUAUAUUGAUAAUUUAACUUAUUAAAAGUAUGUGGAACAAUUAUAAGACUAUAAGGGAAAUUUCUUACAAAGAUUAAUAACAAUUUUUCAUACAACUAGACAUGAUCUAAGAUUAGGAAUCAAUUUCUUAUUUUAUGAAUUUUUGUGUUGUACCUGUUGUGAAUAAAUUGAAGUCACUAGAAAGAUGAUCCAUUAAUGUAAAACUGUAAUAGAUAAGGAUCUUGAUAUUGUUCAUCUUUUGUAAAAGAUUUAAGAAAUAGAUAAAUUGAAAUCUAUAAUUUUGGAAAAAGAUUAGAUUAGAGUUUUUAAUUAUACACCAAAACCUAUUAUUAAUAUAAAUCCAUCUUAUUAACAUUAACCAACAGAAGAAGCAAAUGGAAUUGAAUUAUUUUAAUAACUAAAUUCAUGGAGAUAAAAACACAGAAUAAGAAGAAUGAAAAAUUCAUCUCAUAAACCUAAAAGACUAAUUAAAAUUUAUGAUGCUUAUAGUAGAUUGAAAUAAUAGCAUAAUAAUAAAAAAAACUAAAGAAUAAUAUAGCUUUUAGGUCCUACAAUUGAAAUGAUCUUCUAAAAAUAUUAUGAAAUAUAAAAUAUGGCUAAAGCUAUGAAUUCUGAUAAAAAUGACAAUUUUGAUAAUGCAAUUUAAAUAAGUGAUGUUUAAAUGGAUGCAGAUUUUCCAGAAAAUAAUUAUCAUAAUAAUAAAAGAGUAAAUACUUCGAUUGAGGACUCUCAUAAGACGAAACUUUAAUAAAUUGCUCCUAAGACUUUGGAAAAUAAAGAUGAAGAAUUUCUCUAAUGGGAUUGA